AUGAGUAAACAAGAAGAUACAAUACCAGUUGUAAUUAUGUCACUGGCAAAGUCAAUUCGCUAUGCUAAACGGUUAACAGCAAAUCCAACAAAUGAUGAUAUGGAAACUGAUUCUCCAACUGUCAAAGGAUCAAAAGAUGCAUCUCUUAUUAUUAUUGAUAUAAAUGAUAUUGAUCAUAAAACAUUUCCAUAUUUUCUUGAAUAUUUAUAUACAGAUGCAAUUAAGAAACUUUCUUUACCAGGUGCUGUUUCUUAUCAGUAUUAUCUCAAAGAUGUUGUUCAUGCUGAUCAUGCUUCUGAAUUACUUAUUUUAUGUUAUAAUAUGAAGUCAGAAUUAUUAAAAUCAACAACAUGUGAUUUUAUUGCUAACAAUCUUGGCAAUAUUAUGAAAACAACAGUAAUUUUUCUUAUACGUUUUAUAAUGUUAUAUGCAAGAAUUAAUAAACAAUCCAGUGAAUAUAAAGGUAAUAUUGAACAAAAUGUUGAUAAUAAAACAUGUCGUGGUAAUGCUCGUCGUUUAAAUAUAUAUCGAAUUAAAGUAUAUUGA